AAAAUCUUUUGGAUAAAGAGGUGAUUGAUGCUAUCAAGGAUCUAAAUAAUAUAACAGUUGACAUGAAGAUAUUUGCAGCCGAUGGAAGAGAUGUCUUGCAAAAAUUGGAUAUUAGAACACUGCUUAAUUUAAACUAA